CCCUCCUCUGUUAGCUUUCCCUACCCCUCUCUACAAUACCCUCUUCCUUUCUAACGGAGUCCCUUUCCUCCCACUUCAUUUGUUCCUUCACUUUUACCAUUCCUCUCUCACUCAAAGCUACUACUGUUCCACUCUUAAUCUUUCUCUUCCUCCCGCUAAACCUCAUUUGCCCUUACUCCCAUUUCCACCACAUUUCUUUCUUUCUUUCUCUUUCCUCCCACUAUUUCUCUCUCUCUCUCUCCUAGCCUUUUUCCUUGACCCUUAUUCUGUCUCUCUCUCUCUCACCUCCACCACCAUCAUCACCACUACUGCUACAGCUGACAUCAACAGUCUGACGUAAGAGACCCCGGACAGAGCUGCCUACCUCCAGCGAAUCUACCCCGAAUGGACCGGGUAGACCGAGGAGCCUUUAUCUCAACACACCACUUUAACCCUGCCUCUGUGUUCCACCUCCCUGUCAGAGCUGAUAAAAGACCACAGCUAUCCACAAUCCAUGCUACAGGAACAUAUCAACUUUUCCAGUCUUGAUAUUCAGAUUAAACUGUUUCUAUUCCAUAGACAUAUUCUACAUUCUGCAAGGAAUCUUUUGUCGGCAGAAAAUCCAGGAUACUUUCAUUAUAACCAAACUCUGUCUGUUUAAUGCUGUCACUUUGAAGAACUUUAACAAUGGAGAAAACCUUCCGGCAAAAACUCCUUGCCAAAUACAGUAAUCUGAAUAACAGAAAUGGGAAAAAGUUCUCCUUUCUCAAGAACUUCUCCUCCAAUUCUUCUGAAAGUGCUCCUAAAAAGUUCUCCUUUCUUAAGAGUCCUUCUACAAAUUCUUCUGAAAAUCCUACAAAAAAUGCCAGAGAAAGCAAAGUAACUUUGCAACGGGCUUUUUUUUGUGACAUCUGUGACAAAUCUUUCUCUCGAAGUAGUUAUUACAGCUGGCAUAAAAUGAACCAUUCUCUUGGCGAACCGGUGCCAAAAAUAUCACUGAGCAAAAGAAAACAAAAACUCUGUACGACCCACAAAUGUGAUAUCUGUGAGAAAGUCUUCUCUAGGUUUGAGUAUUUACGACUUCACCGACUGAGCCAUGUUGAGGAGAAACCAUUUUCUUGUGAGACUUGUGGACAGUCCUUCAUACAAGCUAGUCUGCUAAGAAACCAUGAGAAAACUCAUGCUGAUGGCAAAAUCUAUAAAUGUGAAGUUUGUGAAAAAGAAUUUUCUAAGAGUUGUGAUCUAAAACGCCAUCUCAGUGUCCACCUGAGUGUGAAGCCAUUUAAGUGUGAGAUUUGCUCUCGCAAUUUCUCAAGGAACGACUAUUUGAAAUCUCACAUGCUGAGUCACACAGGCAGCACCCCAUUCAAAUGUAAAACUUGUGGGAAAGGAUUUGUCCGACGGUUUGCUUUAGAAAACCAUGCAAGGACACACACAGGGGAAAAGCCCUACGUCUGUAGCAUUUGUGGGAAAACUUUCUCUCAAAAAUCAGGCUGGAUGUCACACUCAAAGAACCAUAUUGACAAAAAGGCUUUUGUAUGUCGAGUUUGUGGGAAAGGGUUCACACAGAUGUACUCGUUGAAAAGGCAUGAACGCACGCAUGCUGACAAAAAACCUUACAGUUGUGAAUAUUGUCAGAAAGAGUUCUCACAGAGUGGACAGCUAAAGUCCCACCUGGCCAUUCAUACAGGAAUCAAACCAUUCAAAUGCGAAGUGUGUGGUAAAAAUUUUGCCCAAAAAUCCAUCUUGACAAAACAUGAGCGGAUUCAUGCUGAAAUUAAACCGUACAGUUGUGAGGUGUGUGGCAAAGGGUUCACACAGAACUUCACCUUACAGAUACACCUGAGGAACCAUACAGGUGAGAAACCUUUCUCCUGUACUUAUUGUGAUAAAGUGUUCUCCCGUAAAGACAGUUUAAAUAAUCACAUCAAGAACCAUACAGGUGAGAAAGAUUUCUGCUGCCGAUAUUGUGAUUCUGCUUUCACAAAAAGUUCCACGUUGAAGCGACAUGAGAUGACCCAUACCGGGGAACGACCUUAUGUUUGCCAAAUUUGUUCCAAGGCUUUUGCAAAGCCAAGCGAUCUCAACCGUCACAUGAUUACACACACUGGCGCCAAACCCUAUACCUGUAAUAUAUGCGGGAAGGCAUUCUCUCGUAAUGAGCACCUCAAAAAACAUGAAACUACUCACUCGCUCACUUACCAACCAUGGCUACUCUAACUGACCUCAGUCCACCUCUUCCCAACCCAAUCACUUCCACAUAUUUGAACGAAAUUCUCACCUUUGACCUCUCUUUCAACUACAGUCUGUCAGAUGACUUCAAAAACUUUCCAUUUUCUUCCCUCCAACACUUGCUGACACAGGUAGUUCACACCUAGUAUUUAUACAGUAAUAGUGGCAUUUAGAUCGAUGUGAUACUCCUCCCUGCUUUACUCUGAGUUUCAGGACAACACAGACAGGAUCCAGUUGGAUCUUAUUUUAGUAAUCCGUCCCUUCUAUAUAAUUACAGCACCCAAACACACAAAGGGACCUGUCUUUGUUAGGGUUGACUCCCACUGGAAAAAGACACACAGGCAGACAAUGAAAGAUAAACACAACCAUUAAGGUAACUGAAGCUGCUAGAAAUAGCAGCUGAAUCUCCCCCCAUAAUACACCUUACAGUCUGAAUAUAAGAUGACCAGAAGGUUUGUUUAUCAACAAUCUUUUGGACCAAGGCUGACCUGUAAGCUAAACAAUAACAACAACAACAACAGCAUGUCCUCAUUAAUAUCUUAACGACUCUUUCAUAAACACUUCUCAUCCAGCUGCUGUUAUGCUUUCCCCGUAUUUCUUGAAAGCCAUUUUCCCUAUUGAUUUCAACCAGACAUUAAGAGUUCUUCAUCUCCUCACGUAAACGACACCUGGGAGGGGUUUGAGUGAGUGCGAAAUAAAGUAACAGACCAAGUGGAUUCCUGUGAUGAUGAUGAUGAUGAUGAUGAUGAGGUCGAGGGUGGGCUUUGUUAACGGAUAUUCUAAGUCACCAGGAACAUGUCAAUGGUUGCUGUUAAAAGCUUUUCAAGUUGAAGGAUUCAGUACCACCUGGCUAUUUCACGUAAACCUGCCAUCUUCUGUGGGGACUUAACAUGUAUAAUUUUCUCAUGUGUCAACUACACACACACACACACACACAGUGAUAUGAAUGUACAAUCAGCACACAAUAUAUAUAUAUAUCUAU